AUGGCAAAGGGGCUGCUGAAAAACACAGUCCAUUGGAUACCAAUUAAAAGAAACAAAGUGGACGUGACGGAAUUAAAACCCCGAAAAGUACCGGCGACGUUUCUCCUCUCCCUGCGAGCUACCCUGAUAAUUGGACAAGCGUUUUCUUUGAUCCCAGUCAUCGGCGUCUUCAAAAAGAACUCGGAUAUCAGUACGACGUGCAUAACUAUGAUUAUGUUCCUGCAAGUGGCUCGGAAGUGGCCUGACCUCGCCCGGUAUACCUUCAAAAUUGAGGAUCUGGACCCAAACUAUGAUACCAACUUGACGUACAAAUGUAAUGGAACUUGUGCAGUUGUACUGACGUUAGCAUUGUUGGAACAUAUACUAUCACUACUGUCUGCGUUUGCCGGUGCCAUGGUCUGUUAUCCAGAUUCGAGUUUAUAUGAAGGAUUCGUAAGGCAUUUCUACCCGUGGGUUUUUAACUAUCUACCUUAUUCACCGGUAUUGGGAUUCGUCACACAGUUCCUCCACUUCCAGUCGACGUUUAUAUGGAACUUCUCUGACUUAUUCGUUAUAUGCAUGAGUUAUUACUUGACGUCACGCUUGGAGCAUGUUAAUAUGAAAUUGCUCGCAGCCCAAGGGAAGUACCUUCCCGAGGUAUUCUGGCGGACGACUCGCGAGGAAUAUGGCCGAGCUGCCCAAUUGGUGCGGAAGGUCGAUGACGUCAUCAGUGGCAUAGUUUUCAUAUCGUUUGCAAAUAAUCUUUUCUUUAUCUGUUUGCAAUUGUUCAAUACCUUGGAGCAUGGGAUCAAAGACACGUCUGAAUGUAACAGCCGCGCAGAAGGGUCAAAAACGAUAUUAGGCGGGUACGAAGCAGCUAUAUACUUCCUGUUUUCGUUGAUAUACUUGAUAGCACGGUCCGUAGCGGUUUCUCUAAUCGCUUCUCAAGUGAAUAGUGCAUCUAACACUCCAGCACCUGUUCUGUAUGACGUACCUUCGCCAGUAUAUUGCGUUGAGGUUCAACGAUUUCUGGAUCAAGUCAACGGUGACAAGGUGGCUUUGAGUGGACUACAGUUCUUCAGCGUAACGCGUGGUUUACUUUUGACUGUCGCCGGGACGAUCGUUACGUACGAACUUGUCAUGUUUCAAUUCAAUUCAACUCAGGAUUCCGCGACGAAUACGACUCAGGCGCCUUCUUAA